GCACCGCUCGCCCGGCAGCCUCUGGGCUGUCUGAAGGCAGGCCUGCGCCAGGCGAGGCAGCAACGACUUUUUCGCCGACAGCUUGCGACGGCGGCGACCAAAAUUCGGUCGCGGACGGGUCCGGGUCUCGGCCCCCUACCAGAGCCCAACUUUUACAAAAUCCAGGACCCCAAGACGGGCAAGAUCCGGACGGCCUUCGCCGUGUACAACCCCCCGAGCGUCAUCAAGGACGCCCACUCCUCAGACAUCAAGCCGAAACCGGUAACAGAGUUCGUCGAUGGGAAGCCCGUGUUCCGGCUGCCGUGGACCAACCGGAACACGACGAUGCCCAAGGUGCUGACGGCGCCGGUGACGGACCCGCUGCCGGCGCUGCACGCAGCGCAGAUUGAGCGGCUAGACCCGACGGGGGCGCGGACGGCUAUGUUCGCCAAGACCAAGCAGGGGGUGCGGGCGGGCGACAUCCUCACGGUGACGCACCGGCGGGGCGGCGAGCCCUUCUCGGGCGUGUGCCUGUCGAUCCGGCGCGCGGGCAUCGACACGGCCAUCCUGCUGCGCAACCACCUGAGCAAGGUCGGCGUCGAGAUGUGGUUCAAGAUCUACAAUCGCAACGUAGCCGGCAUCGAGCUCGUCAAGCGCCGCCUCAAGCGCGCUCGCCGCGCCCGCCUCACCUUCAUGCGCCAGCCCAAGCACGACAUGGGCAGCGUGUCCGAGAUUGUCCACGACUGGAGGGCCUCGCGCAAGGUGUUUACCAGC